UUUGCAGGUUUUCCCGGCACAUUUCCCUUGCCUGACAUCGGGACCGUUCGGUAUAGUGGGCGAUAAAAAAAAACCUGAAAAUAUAUGGAAAUAGCGAGAAAACAAGGGGACAGCUCUCACCGACGGCGACACGUGGUCCUCUCCUCUCCCCCUCCUCAUAUGAGUUUUUGAAGAGGGAGGGCAUCUCAUCGUCUUCCUCAUCUGGCGUCGGAGCGCACAACCGUGUGUGAGCCAUGACUCUGAGCUCAGAGAUGUCGGAUGCCUCCAUCCUUUCGGAAGAGACCGACAUAGACGUGGUCGGCGAAGGGGAGGAUGGAGACAGCCAGACGCGCUCCUACGUGGACGAGGAGGCGCAGAUGCACGACGGCAUCCUCCUGGACGGGUCUCCUCCGUGCCUGGACGGCUCCACCUCCUCCUACAAGCCGGCGGGCAAGAACACCCUGGUGAAGCCCCCUUACUCCUACAUCGCCUUAAUCACUAUGGCCAUCCUGCAGAGCCCCAAGAAGAGGCUCACUCUCAGCGAGAUCUGCGACUUCAUCAGCAACCGCUUCCCGUACUACAGGGAGAAGUUCCCGGCCUGGCAGAACUCCAUCAGACACAACUUGUCCCUGAAUGACUGCUUCGUGAAGAUACCGAGGGAGCCCGGGAACCCUGGGAAGGGCAACUAUUGGACCCUGGACCCGGAGUCUGCUGAUAUGUUUGACAACGGAAGCUUUCUGCGGCGCAGGAAGCGCUUCAAGCGGCAGCAGGCACAGGACUUGCUGCGGGAACACAACAGCUUUAUCCCCGCGGCUGCUGCGUACGGGUACGGACCGUAUGGCUGCGGAGGAUACGGCAUCCAGCUCCAGUCCUACCACACACACUCUGCACUUUUUGCGUUUCAGCAGCAGCAGCAGCAGCAGCAGCAGCAGCAACAGCACUCCAGGCACUCACACACCGGGACCAUUAUCCCCGCGCCCUCUUUGAUGACCACGGACUUAGCCAGGACUAGGUUUUAUCCCCAGCUCAGCUCCAGCCUGGGCUCAGCCAGCGUGCAGGCUGCAGUCCCGGUGCAGAAGUCCAGCUCCCCGGUGCAGAGGUCCCCCUUCUCCAUAGAGAGCAUCAUUGGGGAGUCGCUGAGCCCCUCCAGGACUUCCCCGGCCGUUAUCCCGGUGUUACCCUCCUCUCUGGGGCCUCCAGCAGCCGGCCACCCCGCAGAAAUCUUCCCCAGCAGACUGUUGAGCGGCUCUAGCGACUGUUAAAUGUCUUAAAAACUUUUCCAGAGACUAAACAGCAAAAAUAACAAAAAACGCCCCUCUUCGAAGGUAGGAUUAUUUUUGUAUGUUUGUUUGAUAGCACGCAGCUGAAUGAUGGACAUAAAAAAGAAAUCACUAUUUGUGCCUAUAUUCAUGCUGUUUAAAAAUAUAUAUUUAUGUUCAUGUUUUUCGGUGUGAAUCAGACUACCACUUGUGUUUCCAUGGAGUAAUUCGUUUCAGUCACUGUUUAGGGCGUCUCAGGAUAACGAUUCAAUGGAAGGGUUAUUAAUGAUCACAUGUUUGGAGAAUAGGCUGAUAAUGUAUUUGUAUCAAACACAUCCAUGUUUUUUUGUAUUAGUUUCAAAACGUUUUUUUUAAGGUUUUGAUUUGAACUUUGUAUUACAAAAACACAGAGA